UUUUUUAAACUUUUUUUUUAACUAUUAAGAAGCCGAAAUGGAAUCCCAGCUGCGCCAGAACUUCCACCGCGAUUGCGAAGCUGCCAUCAACCGCAUAGUGAAUUUGGAGCUGUACGCCUCCUACACCUAUCUCUCUAUGUCCUUCUACUUUGACCGUGAUGACGUAGCCCUUCAUCAUGUGGCGAAAUUCUUCAAAGAACAAAGCCAGGAAGAGAGAGAGCAUUCCGAGAACUUCCAGAAGUACCAGAACAAGCGUGGGGGUCGUGUUGUCCUGCAGGACAUCAAGAAACCUGAACGUGAUGAGUGGGCCAACACUCUGGAGGCCAUGCAGGCUGCUCUGCAGCUGGAGAAGACUGUGAACCAGGCUCUUCUGGAUCUUCACAAAGUGGCCUCUGACAAGGUUGACCCUCAUCUCUCUGACUUCUUGGAAUCUGGAUACCUGGAAGAACAGGUGAAUGCUAUUAAGCAGCUUGGAGACUACAUCACCAACCUGAAGCGCCUUGGGGUGCCCCAGAACGGCAUGGGCGAGUACCUGUUCGACAAGCACACCCUGGGAGAGAGCAGCUAAGAUGUCUCCUUCCUA